UCCCUUGACGAACUGUAGGUGGAGUCUAGUUAGGAAGAGGACACGCUUGAACUUCCUGAUGGCAUCCGUUUCAGUGAAAACAUCAGAACCCGCUUCAUAGGCGUUUGUGACAUUUAGUAACAGUUUGUGACAUUUAGUAAACGCUACUAUUGGAAAAGCUGAGGUCAACGAAAUGAUCAUUUUGACAAUUGAGGGGCGCAGGCGGGGGAAAUAGCGACGCGUGGCUUUCUUGAAUGGAAUCCAAUAGUCUGCUGGCACAAACUUGUGCCGACGCACUCCACAGAGAUUACGGAUGCCUGUCUGGGAGACAACGUGACCCGACCGGGGAGACGUACGCGGGCGCUUGUGCUUCGGACGGGGUUAGCGCAAAAGCAGAUGAGGAACUGUUUAUCCAACAAGCUGUUGUUCUCAUUGAAGAUGCGAUUCAGUAUCGGUCCAUUAAUCACCGGGUGGAUGCAAGGUCACUUCGUCUGUAUCGUUGGUACUACUCAAGGAUAUGCCAGUGGGGCUUAGGCCUGACCAUUGCGCUGGUGCUGCUGCUGGCGUUUGUGGAGCGCCCAUCUUCCCUUUCUGUCACCUCUGACCCUCGAUAUCGUGCUCUACCCUGGGAGCCUCCUUGCGGCUUCACAGAGAGCUUCGAGAUAGUUUGUCUAUUCAUCUUUACGCUUGAUCUUGCUGUUAAGAGCUACUUAAUUGGCUGGGAUGAAUUCAGGAAGAACAAAUGGCUGAUUAGCUAUACCAUUGUUAUUUCCAUCUCCAUCAUUGAUUGGGUCUUGUCCGUCAGCAUGGUCUGUGAUGAGAAACUGAGAGUUCGACGGCUUAUUCGACCAUUCUUCCUUUUGCAAAACUCAUCCCUGAUGAAAAAGACGCUGAAGUGCAUCAAGAGAACGCUGCCAGAGAUCGCCAGUGUCAUUUUGCUGCUGGCGCUACACCUCUGUCUGUUUACUAUGAUUGGCAUGUUGUUGUUCCCUAAAACUGAGGAUCCACUUAAGAAUGAAGAGUGGAAAGUGUAUUUUCGAAACCUGCCUACUUCACUUACUUCCCUGCUGGUGCUGCUCACAACAGCAAACAAUCCAGAUGUGAUGAUCCCUGCCUACUCUCGAAACAGAGCUUAUGCCAUUUUCUUUGUACCAUUCAGUGUAAUUGGAACUUACUGCCUGAUGAACUUAAUGACCGCUAUUAUCUACAACCAGUUCAGGGGAUAUUUGCUGAUGUCAGUUCAAACAUCCAUAAUCAGAAGGCGUCUUGGAAUCCGAGCAGCCUUUCAAGUCCUUAGCUGUUGUGAAGUUCAGAGUGCUGCUGGGGAGUGUGUGCCAGUUGAUGCUGUCCUGCAAGUGAUGUCCAGGAUCCAGAUGCAGCGCUACUACAGAGAAGCCAUCACUUCGGAGACGCGUCAGUACGAAACUGAAGGCUUUAUGAGUAAAAAUCAGUUCACACAGAUAUUUGAUCAACUGGAUAAAGACCGCAUUAAAGAGCACCCUUCCGUACCGCAAUAUAAUUCUGUAGUAUUGCAGAAGCUGCAGAUGAUCUUCAGCCACUACUAUUUUACAAUAUUUGGCAAUGCAGUGGCAUUAGCCAAUGUGGUCUGCAUAUGUACUGUGUUGGUAUUGAAUUCUGACAAGUCCACAGGAGAGAGAGAUAACCACUACAUGGAGAUCAUCAACCUGUGUUUUAUCAUCUACUACAUGUUUGAAAUGUCUGUGAAGAUAUUUGCCUUGAGCUGGAAAGGGUACCUUUCCUACAGGAACAACAUCUUUGAUGGAUUCCUCACCAUCCUUCUACUGGUCCUUCAGAUACCAAUUUAUAUCACCUACCGACUUCCAUAUAUGCAUCAGAACCCAUCCUCUAAGGAACUAUUUUCUCUGUGGGAGAUGGUCCGUUUUGUUAACAUGCUGAUUGUCUUCCGCUUUCUGCGCAUCAUACCAGAUAUCAAGCUCAUGGCUUUGGUUGCAAGUACCUUGUUGGACCUGGUGAAAAACCUAAGAGCCUUUGCAGGGAUACUAGUGGUGGUCUACUAUAUGUUUGCUGUCUUUGGCAUCUGGCUGUUUGAGGGUGCCAUUAAACCACCAGCACAUAUGAGUGUUCCCUAUAAUACAAGCAUGGAAAACAUCACCUCGAACUUCAGCACUGACUGUGGCACGUAUGAACAGCUCGGCUACUGGCCAAACAAUUUUGAUGACUUUGCUGCGGCCAUCAUUUUGCUGUAUGAUGUCAUGAUAAUCAACAACUGGCAGGCCUUCAUGGAUGCAUAUACCAGAUACACCACUGAGUGGUCCAAAAUCUACUUUGUGUGUUGGUGGUUCACCUCUUCUGUCAUGUGGGUUAACUUGUUUGUGGCACUCAUCCUUGAGAACUUCACCUACAAGUGGGAUCGCAGUCACAGCUGCUCUGUUACAGAUGUGGAGAGGAUCAGAUAUGAAACAUCCGUUCAACUCAUUUUUAAAGAGCAAGUGAAGGAGCCAACGGAAGAAGAAUUGCUUUGCCAGCUACAACAGCACCCCCACCUACACUUGCACUGGGGGGACACGUGACACAAACAGUACCUGUAGUGGAGUAAUGUGCAAAGCCAUGCUAUUAUACGAGUUUACUUUGUAGCAAUUCAUUAAUAUAUAUAUAUAUAUAUAUAUAUAUAUAUAUAAUAUUUUUAGGCCCAUAGUCACUAAAGUCCCGAGUCACAAAGUUUUCCUGGAGUCUGAAUAUGUUUUGGAAAGAUCUUGCUUAGCUGCAAAAAAAAUGAUCGAAUGGAAAAAAAAAAAUAAGACAGAUGUAAUUACCCCAGGUGCAAAACUCUUAGGGCAUUGAUUUUCUAAUUUAAAAAAAUAUUUUUUUGUAAAAGUAGUCGCGGCUUCGUGAUUUACAUUUCUUGAUGAUAUUUGACACUGAUAAAGGGAAUUGCAGGAAAAACAUUUGAAAUUCUCCUCACUUUUAAAACAUUUCUUGAAUUGAAAAGGUGUACAGAAUAUUUUUCUACAUAAACAUUGCUUAAACUUUACAAAUAUUUGCCACAACUAAUGUACAUUGUAUUUAUACAUUAUACAUAUACAUUGUAUUAGUUUUUCAUUGUGUGAAUGGUGUCAGUGUGCACUUCAUGUGCAAAUUUGUUAUUCUAGUGUGGUAUUAUUUUGUUUUCCUUUUGCUGUAAUAUGUACUGUAUUCUGUUGCCCACACAAUGUUGAGCGUAUUCUUUGUUGUUCAGUUUCCAGCCAUGUUCUAUACUGCUCAUCCUCAUAAGUGUCGUGGGUGUGCUGUCGCUGAUCUUAGCUGAUGAGCUCACGGCUAAGAGGGAGUCACACAAUGGACUGUAUGCGAACCAAUCGAAGAGCACAUAUAGACUAAAAAAAGGACAAUUUUGUCGUAAACAAGUUCAACAUGCAUGAUUUUGGAAUGUGGGUGUACCAUGGCAUCUAUUCUGUUUAGUCUGUGUGUCUAAAGCUCGGCUGAGAUUGAUUUAUUAUUGAAUAAAGUUGCUCCUAAAUUAAAGUUAUCGAUUUUUUUUA